CUGAUGGGGGAUCGGCCUACCAAUCCACUCCGAUUUCAAACACGUUCUGAACCGAUUUUAACCGAUUCGAAUCGAGAAACAGCCUGAACGAUUAAACCCUGGCUGGGUGGAAAAGAAUGGGCCUAGACUCUAAAGCUGCAAAGCUUUCAAGAACAUCCUGAACUGAAAGGACGAAAUAGAAAUCACAGAGGAGAAGAGAAAGAUGAGAGAUAGAGCUGCCAUUAUUGAUGUUUCUUCUUGAAAUCAUCUCUGGUUUCUCUCUUGCUGCUCUAUUCCGGUGCUUGAGAAGGAUUUUUUAUUUUUUUAUUUUAUUUUAAUUUUUUAUUUUUUUGCCUUGGGUACCUUCCAUCAUCACUGAAUCUGGAAAUGGCUCAUCGAUUGGUUUCUCGCAGUCGUCAUAAGAUACCCAAAUCAAUCUUCUCUUUAGCUUUUCAGGUGGAUUUGGGUAUUAUCAGAUUAUCAAGCUGUAAUUUCUCUGCUUAUUAUGCAUCUUCUGCGUCUAUUGAUAAGAUGAAAGUAUUGGAUCGCUUGAAUCAUAAAGACUGGUUAGCACCCAAUGAAGUCUUAAAAAUUUUCAAACCCCUUAGAGGUUCUGAAUUGGUUCUUAAUGCAUUGGAGAGGAUGUCCAAACGUAAGGAUUACAAGCCCAAUGAAGCACUUUACAGUCUUGUGAUUGAGAAGCUCGCCCAAGCCAAGAAAUUUGAUGCCAUUGAAGACGUAAUUAAGAGGAUUAAAAGUGAAAGGGAUUGUAGGCUUUCCGAUGAUUUCUUCUAUGGGGUGAUCAAAAUUUAUGGAAACAUGGCUGGUUAUAUCGAUAAAGCUAUUCAGACUCUGUUCAGUAUGCCAGAGUUCAAUUGCUGGCCUGAGGUCAGGACCUUCAAUUUCGUUCUUAAUAUGCUUGUUUCAGCUAAACAGUUCGAUGUGAUCCAUGAAGUUUACUUGGGUGCUCCUAGAUUGGGUGUGACAAUUGAUGCUUGUUGCCUCAACAUUCUGAUCAAAGGUUUGUGCGACUGUGAUAAGUUGGAUUCUGCCUUCGCCCUGCUCGAUGAAUUUCCCAAACAGGGUUGCAGGCCUAAUGUGAGGACCUACUCGACAUUGAUGCAUAGUCUCUGUGAGCAUGGAAGAGUUGAUGAAGCUUUUCAGCUUUUUGAGAGAAUGGAGAGAGAGGGUUGCUUUCUUGAUACGAUUGCAUUCAAUGUACUAAUCUCGGGGUUGUGUAAGCAAGGUAGAGUGGGUGAAGGAAUGGAGCUUCUGGAGAAAAUGAAGCUUAAGGGUUGUUACCCAAAUUCUGGAUCAUAUCAAACUGUCUUAUAUGGUUUACUUGAUUCUGAGAAAUUUGUUGAGGCUAAGCGUUUCAUUGAAAUGAUGAUUAAUGAGGGUCUGCUACCAAGUUUUCUUUCUUUCAAGUUGGUGAUUCAGGGCCUCUGUAAGGAGAACUUAUUGGAAGAUGUUGAUUUGGUUCUGAGGCAUAUGAUAUACCAGGGAUUUGUCCCGAAGAUGGGGCUGUGGAGGAAGAUCAUUGAGAGCAUAUAUUCUGGGAAGAACAAAGAUUUCUGCUUCUCUCAAGUUAUUUAUGAUUAGUAAAAGUAAGAAUUUUGC